AGUGUAAACAUUGCAGAAGAGUGGUAUAUUAAUAUAGAAAAUUGUAUUAUGAAGGUAUGAGAUGCAGAUGAUAGGACAGUGUGUGGGGUACCAUGGCUGGCCAGGGAAGCUCACAUUGUGUCCUCCCUCUCAGUGUUUUAUAAUGGUUGGGUGUGUGAAUGACAUCAAGUGUUUAGCAGUAACAUCCACAGAUGUGAAGAUGUUCAUUAUGAACCUGAGUUUCCUUCUCUUAUUAUUUUUAUGAGCAAGAUCAUGACACAAAAAUAUGCUUCGUUUACUCUCACCAAGAGUGUUUGAUAAUCACUGAGAGAGCUCGCCCUACUACUACACCACAAUGAGAUUAAACAAAGAUAUUUGAAAAACUCCUCUGGCUGGCCUAUUUUGAUGCAUUAUCUAUAUACAAAUACAUUUACAAAAAAAAAAAAGUAGAACAGUAGGAGUUGUCUGGAGUUUGUGAGGUAAUAAUAGUGAAAAUGGGAAAUAAUGAAAAUUAAUUUGAAAUCCACCUCAGCAUCAUAAUUCAUUUGUGCUGUACAUGAGAGAUUUUAUUUUAUAAAACGAAAGACGUACUUCUGGUGUAACAGUGGUAGUACAGUACUGUGUUAAGGAUUUGUGAAACUUUUUGUUUUGCAGGUAAACUCCAGUAUUGCUUGAGAAAUAUUUCUUAUUACAAGUUUUCGUUUAGUUUUUUUUUUUUAUGAAAAACUCAGUGCUGUAUAUACUCUAUUUAUAUACAGUAAGUUCAUACAGUAUACUGUUUAUUGAAUAGUUUUGAAUUUUUAACUUUGUAAGAGUGAUGAGAAUACAAUAUAUUCUAAUAUUGUAUAUAUUAGAUGUAAAAAGUGAGUCAUAAUAGUUUUAUUGUUUGAAAAUACACUGAUACUUUAUGAUUAUUCACUAAUUCAUCAUAUGGAAAUAAAUGUUAUGGCUUCAAAAAAUUGUAUACAGGAUUUUAAUAUAAACAUUGGAAAUAUUUAUAACUGUGUCAGUGAUUUUAUGAAAGCUGAGGGAUGGUAGCACAGUACUGACGAUAGGGUGAGGGAUGUCUCAUAGUGCUCUCACAAAGAACCAUGGAAUCUCUAGGUGUGCCAAAUAUUGAUGGCAGUGGCCACUAUAUCCAGACAAUUGAAUGGGAUAUGAUGAACAAAUACAAGUUUUUCCCACUGUCGAUGCUCAGCUCUUUUUCUGUAAGAUGUAUGCUCUAUCCAUUUACUGUUAUCAAGACACGUAUCCAAAUCCAAAGGCACUCUGAAGUCUACAAAGGCACAUUCGAUGCAUUCCAGAAGAUAUUCAAAUGUGAAGGUGUGGGUGGUCUUUAUAAAGGUUUCUGGGUAAGUGCCUUUCAGCUAGUCUCUGGGAUUGCUUACAUCACCACCUAUGAGAAUGUCCGUCAUUUCCUUCAGCAGCGUGGGGUACAAGACUCCAGGAUCAGAGCAUUAAUUGGGGGUGGGUGUGCCUCUCUGGUGGGUCAGACCAUCAUUGUUCCUUUCGAUGUUAUCUCGCAACAUGUGAUGGUGCUAGGACAAUUGGAGGGUCGUGGGAAGUCAAAGGUUGUUGUUAACCCUCUCAACAUAGACUUCCAAGGCCGACAAAAAUCACAGAUAACACUAGAUAUAGUAAAGGCAUUAUAUAGAAAGGAUGGUUUUCGAGGAUUUUAUCGCGGUUACAUUUCAUCUAUAUGUGCUUAUGUACCAAACUCUGCGCUCUGGUGGUCUUUCUACCACUUUUACCAAGACAAAUUAGCUCAUAUUUCUCCUGAAGGGACAUCAACACUGUUACUUCAGUGUGUUGCAGCACCUCUUGGGGGAGUUACAACUGUUCUUUUAACCAAUCCUCUGGACACUGUGAGGGCCAGAUUACAGGUGCAGAGAACUGGAAGCUUUGGACAUACUUUUCGAAUUCUCUGGUCAGAAGAACAUAUGGGAGUCUUCACUAAGGGUCUAUCUCCUCGGCUGUUCCAGUCAGUGAUAUUCUCAUUCACAAUCAUCCUUGGUUAUGAGUCUGUCAAGAGGUUCUCUGUUAAUGAAGAGUAUAAGAAAGAAGUCAAAUGGUGAUGUUAGCUAAUGCAUUUUCAAUUUCAAUAAUUACCACAUUGAGAAGAUACUAAACUAAGAUUUCUUAAAUGCAUAAGUUAAACAAUCUGAAAAUUAGUUUUGGCUUCCUCCAUCAUUGUUACUUAAGGAGAUGCAUAAAUUUUGGUACAAAUAGGCAUUUUAGUGUAUAUCACAUAAUAGGUUUAUCUUCAGCUGGACCUUACAGACUAGUGUUUUGAAGCUAAGUAAAUAAUUAUUUUGUAUGACAUUCUUAAGCAUAUUUUAAAAUUGGUUUUGGUGAAACAAGUGAGUGUAUGCCUGUCAAUUUGAAUCUAAUUAUAUUUUUCUUGAAUUUGAUGAGCAAUAUUAUCAUGCAAAUCUCCAAUAAAAAUAAUGAUUAUUAGGAAAUAUAAAUAAUACUGUAUUUUAGUUUACUUGCAUAAUUGAGUUUUCUAUAUAUUUAUAUAAAGAACUUAGCUAUAAAAAAUUGCAAAUUAUUGUCUAAUGAAAUGUUGAAUAUUUUUUAAUAAAAAAGGACCAAAUAUGUUCCUUCAUAGGCUUUGUAUAAAACCUAUUUGUGAUUGAUAUUUUGUAAAAAUGUUUCAUAAAUUUUACAACUAUUGAUUAUACCUUAGUAUAGGUUGAAUCUUUAAGCUGGAGCACACACAUUAUGGUGUUGAAAAAUAUAUAUUUAGAAAUCUCUGGAAAUAAAUUGUAAAAAAAUAU